CGGGCGAACCGUGAGGGUCAGGCAAUCACGGUAAAAACUUGCAGAAAAACCCUACAACUCCGCAGCAAAAUCCAAACAGUUGCUAGGAGGAAGAAGCAGCAUGGCGAAACAUCUCUGAAGCAAUGCAUCGAAUGGGUUCCGUGCGUUCACUCAGCAGCCUGUUAAACUACACUCAUUGUCAACCCCGCUUCGUUCGAUCCAUCUCCUCCACUCCUCGUUUGGAAAGUCUUGGAUGGGUAGACAAGAUCAAAGGUGUUUUCACCGGGAAAAAGCCCUCCCUCGACUCUUCGGCCCCCUCCUUCUCCCUUACUGACUUUGCGGAUCAGAUGGAGAAGGCGCGGGGUAUGGGACUGCUGAAAAAGUUCGAGGUAGGUCGGUGUAGCGAGGCCACCAUGACCGAUGCCUUCAAGAAGCAGUCUUCCAUUCUCCGCUACCUUGGGAACAUCGAUCCCACCGGAGAGAAUCUUCAACCCAGCCAUAAACAUGAAGCAACAAAGCAUUGCAAUUGUACUAUAUCCGAAGUAGAACACAUCUUGUCAAAAUACAAGUGGGCUAAAGAUGCACAAAAGAAGGUUGAUAAAUUAAAGGAGGAAGGAAAAGCAUUGCCAAAGAGUUUCAGUGAGGUGCAAAAACUGAUGGGUUCAACACCUCUUGACGUUGCUAGAUCUAAUAUGCCCAAAAGCUCAAAGAUAGGUAGAAACGAUCCAUGCUCAUGUGGGUCUGGAAAGAAAUAUAAGAGGUGCUGUGGACCACCUUAAAGCUCAAUCAAUAUAUGGAAAGGAUAUCACCACCACAGCUUACGAUAAAGAGCGCAAAGGAAGUAACAGGAAAAGCUUUUAGAUCUCAAAUAUGUAGGAAAGGAAACUCUUCCAGCUUCUUAUGGCAUUUAUUAGACUUCGUUUGAGAUGAUUUUUUUUGUUGUUUUUUAAAACAGUUUUUUAGUAAAAAGAAUUUAAGAAGCAAUAAGAAAAUCGUCCCAAAUGAAGCCUUAGUUGAAAUUUAAAUCCUGCCUCAUUUUUCCUUUUUUUUUUUAAGGUAACCUUCUUAUUUUUUGGGAAUAACUGGUUAAUUAAUUCUUUUGAGCUUUUUAGUUUGUAGUUGGACUGUUGUUGGAUGAUAUUCUAAAAGUCAGUGUUUUAAGAAA